AUGUAUUCUUCAGAGGCUAGAAAACGUGGCGGUUUAUCUAUUUCGAUUCCUGAACUCUGUGGUAUAAUUAAUUCAUUGAAUAAUUUGGUGACAGUAUUGAAGAUCAUGGCUGCAUAUUCUACUCUACCAUACGAUGAAUCUCUCGGUAGUCUUGUCAGUGAUUAUUGUUAUCUUCUUCCUAGUUUACGGCAUAGUGAUCGUGAUGCAGUUCUUUACCUAAUUCGUGUAACUAGUUGA